AUGAUACAUAAUACCAUUGAAAAUAAAGAAUUUUUCAAUAUCUAUAAUUCUGAACAAAUAUUUUACCUAACUCAAACAACAAUCAAAGAUAUUCUAUUAACUGUAAAGCUUAAUAUCUUUAGUUACUCUUGGAUAACUACUACUACUACUAAUACUACUACUACUACUACUACUACUACUACUACUACUACUACUACUACUACUACUACUACUAUUACUACUACUACUACUAUUACUAUUACUACUACUAUUACUACUAUCCAACUGUUAUCUACGUUAUUAUAUUGUCUAGCUUUAUAA